UGGGCCGCUCUACGCCGACGUCACGGCCCGUGUGUAGUGGCGGCCGGCGGCCCUCCCGCGGCGCCUGGCUGGGCGGUGUGGCCGCUGAGCGGCGUUCGGGGUCGCCCGGCUCGCGCGGACGGGUCCGGAGGCCCGGCGUCCUCAGCCGAGGAGCAGACACCCCGCCUCCUCCGCAGCGGGCGGCGCCCGGAGCGGCUUCCUCCUUUCCUGCCCGGCCUCCCGCGGCCCCGUCUCCCCGCGGGCGCCGGCUCAGCCCGGACUCAUGUGAAGGAGAGACGCCCGGCCCCGGCCCGCACCGACUCCUCGCGCGCCCCUCCUGCCCUGGACCCGCGGCUCCCUGACGGGGGCGCGGCGACAGGCCGCGGGCCGGAGGGGCGGGCUCCCAGGCCGGCGGAGGCCCCUCUGGGCCUGCGGCUCCCCACGACCGCGGAGCGGCCGAACCAAGAGCAUUUCUGACCUGGCAGAGCUGAGAUCACAGAAAAGAAGGCCAAAGCUGUGGAACCUUGUUGUUAGGUCAGAUUUCUGACCCUGAAGGAUGGGAACUACAGAUUGAGCUGACCUGGACAGCAAUAAAGAAUGCUGAUGGGAGAGCCGUGUCCCUAAUUUUCAGAUUGUUGAGCUGGUUGCCAUGAUGGAUGAUCAGCAAGCUUUGAACUCAAUCAUGCAAGAUUUGGCUGUUCUUCAUAAGGCCAGUCGACCAGCAUUAUCCUUACAAGAAACCAGAAAAACAAAAUCUUUAUCACCAAAAAAACAGAAUGAUGUUCGAGUCAAAUUUGAACAUAGAGGAGAAAAAAGAAUCCUUCAGUUCCCCAGACCAGUUAGACUGGAGCAUCUGAGGUCGAAAGCUAAAACUGCCUUCGGACAGCCCAUGGAGCUCCAUUACACCAAUAACGAGCUGGUGAUCCCAUUAACUACUCAAGAUGACUUGGACAAAGCUGUGGAGCUGCUGGAUCGCAGUGUUCAUAUGAAGAGCCUCAAGAUACUGCUUGUAGGAAAUGGAAGUCCACAGGCUAUUAAUUUAGGACCAUCGCCAUCACUAGAUGAUUUGGAUAAAACAGUAUUUGAAGCAGAGAGGAAAACACGGCUUUCUGUAAUAGGUUCCACUAGUAGAGAUCAAAGCUCCCCUCCCCCAGGAUACAUUCCAGAUGAAUUACAUCAGGUCGCCAGGAACGGGUCCUUCACCAGCAUCCACAGUGAAGGGGAGUUCAUUCCAGAGAGCAUGGACCAAAUGCUGGACCCAUUAUUUUUAAGCAGCCCUGAAAAUUCUGGCUCAGGAAGUUGUCCAUCACUUGAUAGUCCUUUGGAUGGAGACAGCUAUCCAAAAUUACGAAUGCCUAGGGCACAGAGCUACCCAGAUAAUCAUCAAGAAUUUUCAGACUAUGACAACCCUAUCUUUGAGAAAUUUGGAAAAGGGGGAACCUACCCAAGGAGGUAUCAUGUUUCAUAUCACCAUCAAGACUAUAAUGAUGGUCGUAAAACUUUUCCAAGAGCUAGAAGGACCCAGGGGACCAGCUUCCGGUCUCCUGUGAGUUUCAGUCCUACUGACCGCUCCUUAAGCACCAGUAGUGGAAGCAGUAUCUUUACCCCAGAGUAUGAUGAUAGUCGAAUAAGAAGAAGGGGAAGUGACAUAGAUAAUCCUACUUUGACCGUAAUGGACAUCAGCCCACCUAGCCGCUCACCUCGUGCUCCAAUAAACUGGAGAUUGGGCAAACUGCUUGGCCAGGGAGCCUUUGGCAGGGUCUACCUCUGUUAUGAUGUCGAUACAGGAAGAGAGUUGGCUGUUAAGCAAGUUCAGUUUGACCCUGAUAGACCUGAGACCAGCAAGGAAGUAAAUGCACUUGAGUGUGAAAUUCAGUUGUUGAAAAAUUUACUGCAUGAACGAAUCGUUCAAUAUUAUGGCUGUUUGCGGGAUCUCCAGGAAAAAAAGCUUUCCAUAUUUAUGGAAUAUAUGCCAGGGGGUUCAAUUAAAGACCAAUUAAAAGCAUAUGGAGCUCUUACUGAGAAUGUAACUAGGAAGUACACCCGUCAGAUUCUGGAAGGCAUCCACUAUUUGCAUAGUAAUAUGAUUGUUCAUAGAGACAUCAAAGGCGCAAAUAUUCUGCGAGAUUCAACAGGCAACGUUAAGCUAGGAGACUUUGGGGCCAGCAAACGGCUUCAAACAAUCUGCCUUUCGGGGACAGGAAUGAAGUCUGUGACGGGCACGCCCUACUGGAUGAGCCCCGAGGUGAUCAGCGGGGAAGGCUACGGCCGGAAGGCGGACAUCUGGAGUGUUGGCUGCACUGUGGUAGAAAUGCUAACUGAGAAGCCUCCGUGGGCGGAAUAUGAAGCUAUGGCUGCCAUCUUUAAAAUCGCCACUCAGCCAACAAACCCCACGCUGCCCCCUCACGUCUCAGACUACACGCGAGACUUCCUCCAGCGCAUCUUCACGGAGGCCAAGCUGAGGCCGUCGGCGGAGGAGCUGCUGAGGCACAUGUUCGUGCACUGCCACUAGCAGCCCCUCCCGCCCCGGCCCCCAUCGGGCCUGCACCUUCUCUCUGACGGCACUUUCUUCUUACAACAAAGAGAGAUGGGGAGGAAAAAGACAAGAGGGAAAAUGUUUCUCUUGAUUCUUGGUUAAAUUUGUUUAAUAACAGUAACCUAAUUUUUUUAUAUUUAAUCGUUUUUCCCUUACAAGAACUUGAAACUUUUUAAAAAAUUUUUAUAGUGUACUGAUGUGGUUCAGACAUAUAAAGCACUUUAGUACAUGGUCACUCUUUCUAGUACAAACAAAUCAUUUGGAACACGUAAAGGUUGGAGGGUUUUUCUCUGUGCUACUGGCGAAUCGGUGGUGAUGGAGAGACACGGAAAACAAGGAGAAGAAAAUGAUAUCUACUUGUAGUUUUUAAUGAUAGUACUUAAAAUAGAUCCUCAUUUGGGGUUUGAGCCCUAAACUUGAGUCUAGGGUGGGUACUCAACUUAAAGAAUACAGGUUCCUCCUCAUAUCUGUAUUCUUUAGAUCCUAACCUCUAUAUACCAAGCUUCUCGCUCAGUAGGAAUCAUGAUAGAAAAUAUGAAUCUCUAAGAGCUAAGUUUAUUUGUUAAUCUUAACCAGUACAAUAAGCAAAUACACUAUAGAAGAUCCAUGUUACUGGGAUUUAUAAACCUUGUGGGAUAUCUUUUUGUUUUUAAAAAGAAUAAGAUACUAUUUUAUUUUAAAACAGAUAUGAAAGUCAAUGAGCAAAUCCAAAUUAAAGGACAGAGGAGGGUGCUUUAAUUAAUGUGUGCGCAGUAGAAGCGUCCACAUUUGCCAAUCGAGAAUAAAGAGCAGCAGAAGUACGUGUUGUUUAGUGUAUUUUAAAGUGUGAUCUUUACCUGAAAGAGAAAGUCCCAAAAUUAAGAGAAAGGAGAAAUAAUCAACAUAAUGUGGAUUACAUCUCACUGUUUCUAGCUCCUGAUUCCCCGCAGGGUAACAUUUCUUAGGAACUGAGAGUUUAACCUGGAGUUUCCAUGAAGCUAGUGUCAUGAGAGAAACCCUUGUCUGGGGAUCACAGAAUGCGAGGCUGCUCAGAAAUAGUGUAGCAGCGGCUCUCAGGGGGCGGCUGCUUCUCUCCAGCCUGCAAGGCCUGGAGGCAGUUUUGGCUUCACAGCUUAGGAGGCUGUCGAGGCAGGGAUGCUGCUGAACAAACCACAGUGUAUAGGACCGCACCUGCUCCCGACAGAACCCUCCUGCUCACCAUGUCCGAGUGCCAAAGUCCAGGAGCCUGUGGUAAAGACCAGCUCCGUUACAGACUGCUGCGGCCACUCGCAAAGCAGGCUCUUCACAAACAGUAAUUCCAGAGAGGAGGCGAUAUGAUGCACAGUGAGAGUGUUACAAAAGCAAAUACCACUGCUUGCAGUCGGGGUGAAGGACCUCAGCACCAGGAGUAGCAGCCAUGCCUUCCCAGCUGCACGUCGCACCCAACGCAGGACUCGCGUGCUAGAGACAGAAUGGAUUUCCACACACAGCUCGUCAACUCUGCUGUCUGCGUAUGUUCUCCCCUCAGCUCAGCUUAUAGUCGUGGGAAAAGCACAGCAUAUCAAAACCAGUAUUAACUACUUAUAGGCAAGCUAACGCUGCCCGGCAUUUCUAGUAUGUAUCCACUAAGAGCAAGGACUCUGGAUGGAAGGAGACAGCUGGGAGAAGCCAUGACCCCUGAUGGACUGGAGCUACUCAAAAAUAUGAAUGAUAUCAGUGAUGUGGCCCUUCAGUAUUUCUGUUUAUUAAACAAGUGCAAAGUUCUUUAUGUUUAAAGAUCUAGAAAAUAGUAGUCUUCCUGGAGGCCCUACAUGUGAUGCCUUUUGGGGGAUUCAUGGGGAAUGCAGAUUUUGUUUUCUGCUAAGAAGUAUGAUCUUUGGGAAUGCCGCUGUCUGAAGUUCGUUAAGAUUGUGGUUUACUGUAUCAGGUCCUCUGUCAUUCUCUGUAGGAAAUUUGAAAUUCUACUAGCUAGUCUGAGGAGAAGCCAAAACACAAAGAUUCCCAUCCCCUCUAGUCAACGGAAGCAGCUCGCCAGGAAGGUAUGACUCAGUGGUCUCCCCUGGGAAGUCAGCAGCAGCCCUGCAUGGUGCGCACCGCCCCAGGACCAGGAGCUGUCCUUCCUCAUCUCGUGAGGGAAGGCCCCGCAUCCGCUGGAGCGAGCCAGUGUCUGGGCCGGGCUUCUCCUUUGUUCUCUGUCUCUGUGGCUCCUUCCAACCUGGGGUCUGUCGGGGUCACCGGUGGUGCAGAAUCAGAGACAAGCGCUCUUUAGAGAGAUCUUGGGAGACUGUGACACCAAAGCAAAAUUGUUUGCUUUUUCUGGUCUCCCUUUGACUUAAAUGCAUAGAAAACAAAUCACCUGAAAAGAAAUCGCUACUUUAACACUGCUGCAGAAGACCUUUGUUUUAUAGGAAAAUAUUAUUAGCUAUGGGAAAGUACUGUUCUUUAUGUAAAGACUUAAAAAUAGACUAAUAGUUUACAGAGUUAUUAUAUAAAAUGUGAUGUGAAUUUAUUUUAAAUAAGUUGUAAAGGUACCAAAACCACAAGAAAAGUUAAUAUAUAUAAAAGCUACUAGAACAAAAAAGCUUGAAGUGGGAUGACAUAUGGAAGACCAAAAGUAAAUUUUAAAAAUGAAUUUUUGAGAUAAAACACCUUUAUCAGGGGCAAUUAGAUAUAACACUCCACCCUUUUCUUUUUCUCAUAACGGUAUGAAUCAGCAAAUGAAAUCUGAGCUUUCUAAGAUGACUCUAAACGUGUUCCGCUUUUAGAUGCACAGCUCAUUCUGUUGGGUAGAGCUGUGCUGAGGCUGGAAAGGGGCAGACUGCUGGCUUGUGCCUUGACGAUGUCGCACUCUGCCUGGCGGACUUGGUGCUGGAGAGGUCCCGGCAGUCUGGCUGCUCUUCAGGAAGUAUCCCCGCUUGGCCCUUGCAGGAGUCAAAAUGGCAGGCCCUAGGUUUUGGCCAAGUAGAUUUUACAUUGCAAACAAAAGCAUUGAAUAAAAGGGUUGAAAAAUGAAUGACUAAUGGAAAUUUAGUAAUGGUUAGUAAUUCUUUCAUUUGAAAUUUUCUGUAUGAAUAUCUUUAAAUUUUUUCAUUUUCCUCAUUUACAAACAUAUUUAACUUGAAAAAAUGGCUCAAGACUGUUGCCUUAGACAGUUUUCAGAGGCAUUGUCAACCUUCCAUAUUUAUCUGAGAUUGAAACGCACAGGUUGAAUUAACUAAAAAAAAUUAAAGCUUAUUUUAGAGUAAAUUGAAUUGGCUUUCACUUGAGAGUCUGUCUUAUUCUCUAGAAGCUACGUUAAAAAGAAAAAUUGUUUAGAGCAGCUUUCUGCUACCUUACCUCUUAUCUGUGUCGGGUCUGAUCUUAUUAUUUCUCUGUCAGAGUGGAAAGGAUGUGUGAAGUCGUUAAGAAAAUCCUAUCUGAAUAGUGUAUAGGCUCAACGCCUUGGCCAUGGCAGAGUCUGAGCCAGGGGUUUCACUUGGGGUCUAGGGACCAAUAGCCUUGGAUAGAAGAUCAUCUGGUGUCAGUCAAGUAGAGCAAUCUUUCAGUUUUUUUUAAAAAGGUGAAUCUUUUUUAUUUGCUUACUCAGUAACUGGCUUAUUGUGUCAGCACUGAGUUAGCGUCAGACCAUCAGUCUCGGAGGAAGCAUGGGCUAGCAGUACCUAACUCAGAACUCAGCAACGAUGUUUUAAAUCUGACGGUUUUUUGUGAUGUAAGGAAAUAGCAGUUUUGGGUAAUUAUUGGCCAUUGUAAACUAAAUGUCAUUAACAGCGUGAAUUAAAAGUAGCCCCAAAUUAGAGGCACCUCCAUUGUUCAGGCAGCCUCUCUCUCAGGACUCCCUCCCGCAAACCGCCUCUGCUCAGACAGUUCCGGCGAUGAAGGGCAUUUAUUCCAUAAAUAGUGCUUUUUCCUUCUGUUUCUUUUAAAGAAAAAAGAAAGAAAAAAAAAAAACACUUUUCUUUUGGUCUAAGUUGUCGAAAUACCUUAAAAAAUGUUAUAGAAAUUGAACUCUGUCAACAGUGUUAUUUAUACUAAGAUCCGGGCAAUUUCUUGAAACCUUCCUGUUUUAUAUUAGUUUUGCCCUUUGUUAUGAAUGUAAUGUUCAUAUUUAUUUGAAUUUUAGAUCGUUAAAUGUUAAUGAAAAGCAAUUUAAUUGUUAAUUUUUGGUAGUGCCUUUUUCUCUGUAUGCCUUAAUUUUAUUUUAUAUGAAUAAUUCAUGUUACCCACCAAAAUGAAGGGUUUUUUCCCCCCCAAAUCAGGAGUUUCAAGAAUUGGUUUGGCCUUAGACUGUGUAUUAGCCCUUAAAUAUUUCUUACUGCCUGCUUCCUUCUCCUCCCCUUUUCUACCUCUUUUUUUUUAAUGUUAGAAGAUAAAUAUCAGCAUUAAUCUGCCACAGACACACCACAGUUUCCUCUAGACGUGGACUGCUAAGAUAGGAGAGAGUAUUCUAAUUCUAAAGACAGAUGGUAAAGUGUUUUCUGGUGGGUUACUUGAUUUUCAAUCAGAUUGACACUGUCCCGAUUCUUUGUAUGUUAUGGUUCGGUUCUGAUUAUCAUAGCAGAGGUAGAAUGGUUGUUUUUGCCCUAAAGAGGUGUUUAAAUGGUUUACAAAUGUUCAGGCAACGAGACUUAGGGCAAUGAGCAAGAAAUCCAGGGAUAGCAAAUUUCUAAUCUAAUAUUGUAAUGAAAACUCUAACUUACAUUUCUGUGAAGAGUGUGUGUGUGUGUGUGUGUGUGUGUGUGUGUGUGUGUAGUGGAACAGGGAUGGGAAGAGAGGAAAGGUGUGAAUGUUCAGUUAGAUUAGUUUCUGUUCUUGGAGGAACAACUCAAAUGUGUAUGACCUACUGAUGAUGGAUGAGUAAUCAUCCUUGGGUAGGAAUACCAGCAUUCUCCACCAGUAACUAGUAUAAAUGAUUGUUUAAUAAAGGUAUUUAUUGUGAAUUGCCAAGCUCUUGGUUGCUAAAAGUAGAUUAAAAUUAAAUUUGUAUGUCUGUAUAAUAGCUUAUAUAUAACCCUUAAAUAGGAAGUAAUUGAUUUUGCAUAGUUCUUCAUGAACUCUUUGGGAUAGAAAUUCUGCCAGACAUUAUCAAAACCAGCUACUUUACCUCUUACGUGUGUCAGUUUAUGAAACGUUCAGAAGGAAGUUUUCUUACAACUCUUCCUGAUUGGCUAGGGAGCACAUGCUGUGGAGCCACCGAUCCUGCUGACCUUGCCCAUCUGAACGAGACGCCACUGCAGGCGAGGGAAGGGUCAGAGCCACCGGUUCCCACUCGCCUCGUGCUCUCAGGCGAGUCUGGAGACUCCUCUCGGUGAUGGCGAGAGUGGACAUGAUGGGGAUCAUUUCAGAAGUACAGGAGGAGUCAGCUAGAGAAAAGAAUAGAAUCUUAUCUGUUGCCUGCACCCAGUCUUUUAUGAAAUUCUUCAUGUUUUUCAUUAUUCUGCGUUAUAAUUGACAGUAAUAUAUGUUUGUUAAAACAGCAAAGGCAUUAAAGUAUUGAGUCCUGCUAUUCCCUAUGCCUGUUACUCUUGUUUGCAUUCACAAUCUGCAUUAUCAGAAUCACUUUAAACCAAAGCUUUUAUAUUCCCUGCACACGUUGCCAGAAUGAUUGGCAUGUUACUUCUGCCCACCAGCAAGUUAAUGGGAGAGGAAGGAUAAAGUAGAUCCUAGUAGAGUCUGGAUCUCAGUCUCCCCUCCGGUGAAAGGAGAGGUGCUCCGUGUUUGCAUUUAGGCAGCAGAAUUCCCUUCAUCUCUGAUGGAGCUGUAUAGACAUUGCAAACUUGAGCAUGUACACCUGCGAGUCUUAGUAUAUAACACAGCUGACCAUAGACACAUUGACUAGCGAGGCCUGAGGUUGGAAGUGUACUUUCUUCCUAGUGUCUUCACCUUUAGGAACUUGGGAUUGACUUGAAAGACAUUUCAGGAAAGCUGUGAAGACAUGUCUGCUUUGUGCCAUAGACACUUGGGAACAUAAAAAUAUGAGUCUGUGUUCCAGUAUACAUGCAGCAUUGGUCCACAAAUAAGGAUAUCUGCGUCCCUUAAUGACAGUUGAGAACAGUAAAGUUUGUGAUUAUACUAAAAAGCACUUUUAUGUGUUUUUUUUUAGAAUUUAAUUUUUAAAAGCAUAUGUAACUAGUGGUGAUUUUAGCAUUAGCAUUACUUAGAGGGGAGAGAUAAGAAACAAAAUCUUAAACUCUAGUAGAUACUUAGACUCCAAAAUGCAUUUGAUACAUUCUAAUUUUUCCAAAGACUUUUUCCCACCUGGAAUAAGAAGGGAGGACUGAUGGAAACACAGGUGAAAAGGCUUAUGGGCAAAAGGAAGUGGGAAGGGGCCAACCUUGCAGUAUACCCUUUUCAAGCAAAAGCACCGUGUCUGAGGGUGAGAAUACUUCUUUACAAACAGGAUUGUUUUUAAUACAAUGUUAAUUAGUAAAAGGUUUACAUUUUUUCUAUUGCUGUUGGUUUUAAAAUUUGCUACUCUGCAUUCAGAAAUAUAAAAUACUUAAUACCAAGGAUACUUUUAAUGUCAGACAUCUCUUACAUUUCACAUGGUUCUUUUUAUUCAAAUAUCAUCAUAAAAGCAAACUUGGAUAAGUUUGAGAAAAAACUUUGUUACAAACUAUAAUUAUCAAUUUGUAAAUUUACCUUUUGGCUGAAUGUACAUUUUUUAAUGUAGCCAUUACAUUCUUUAUAUUUAACCUAUUCGUUUCUCUCUGUAAAAAAUUUUAAUCUCAGUUGAAUGCUGGGCAGUUUCUAAUAAUGUACAAAUAAUAAUGUUUUUUUCCUACAAGGUUGACUUUUUGCACAUUUUUGUAAGUUUUUAAUUUGUACACUGAUGUACUACUUUGACCAAUAAUUGUUGAUGUGUGUAUGAGCAUCAUGAAUGUGUGCAUUGAACUACUGUCUGUGUCUCUGUUUUAACUUCUUUCAACAUGUGGUCAGUAACUGCACUGCUGUUACAGACUUAAAUGGACCUUACUGCUUUUACUAUGGAUGCUCAUUUUGGUUCUCUCUUUGUUAAAGAACUCAGGAGUUCAACUCACUUUCUGAUUUUAUAUGUAUUGUAAAAUCUAUGACUAAGUUGAAAGUAUGCUUGCAACUCCAUGUAUCAGGGGAUGUUGUGUGUGGAAAUGUCUCUGUCUGUCUGUAGGCACAUUUAUAUAUCCCAGUAAUUUCUUGUUUUCAUUUGUUUCUACAUUUUUAUUAACUUGUUUUUUAUAAGGGUACUGUUUAGUUAGGAUUAAAUAUAUAUAAAAGCUUUUUGAGAGAUUAUUUACUAUAUGAAUAUAUUUUUCAGCUGGCUGAUCAAAAUAUUUUUAAAAUUUCGUUUUUAACCAUGCAAAACAUGUUUGUAUUUCCAGAAUUAGAUACAAGUUUACUUAGAUAUAAGUUAAAAAUACUCCUGGAAGGAAGAGCAUUGAUACUCUUUUGAGAAUUCUCUGAAGUGCAAAUUAAGGGGAAAAAGUAGAUCUUAAGCAGUAGCAAAAACACAUUGCCCACUAAAACAGCCUUAGAAUGCUCUGAGCUGUGAAAAACGUGAGAAAAUAACUCGUCUUGAAAAGAUGCCACAACUUUUAUGUUUCCAGGCUCUCUUGGCUGGUCCUACUGUUGUUGACUGUUUCCUUAACCUACCCUGAAAGAUGUUAACAGUUAGGUGUUUUCUUACUGGGCAAGGUCAGACCUCAUUUAUUAUUCUCUGCAAUUGACUAUAAAUUGGUUUAGAAAUGUCCAAACAUACAUUGAGUGUCUCUAUUCUGUACUGUGUAUGCUAAGUAACUGGCAGGAAAAAAAAUUGGAAAUUAAAUUUCCAAUCUGACAAUGUUCUUAUACUUAAGGAAAUCCUUGUUUUUAAUAUGCGGUACCACGAAAGGUUACUUGUGUUAGGAAUACAGUCCACUGUUGAAGUUGAAUGUCACUAAGCUUAUUAUGUUACAAGAGCCAGUAUAAUUAAAACCUCCCAGAAACCAGAUACAGCGUGAUAUGUGCCACAUUUCAUGCAUAUUUUGACUUUGUGUUGUUCAUUGAAAGUUGUGCUUGUAAAAAUGUAUAAAAUUUUGGAGUUUUUAUGUAUUUGUUUUUCUUGCUGGUAAAUAGCUUUUGAAAAAUCUAAUGUGAAAGAAACCAUGUUUAUAUUUUGUUAGUGAUCAGUGACUUUGUUUAUAUGGAAAUUUGUAUAUUGUUGGCACACAUUUUUUUAGAUUUAUCAUGCAUGAAGGCUGCAAUAAUUAGCACAAUGAAAAUUGCUUUUUUUAAAUGUUAAUUCAUCUGAAAGAUUGUGGUGCACAGGGUUACUUUAAGUGACCUGGGUUAUGGAAUAUAGAUGAACGGCACUCUAAGUGUUAAUAAAGCUAAUAUUUAUUUCCA